AUGGCAGGAGAGAGGCAGAUGGAUCCACCAUGGACAGGAUUCGGCGGCGCACGGUGCACAGAGUUGGUUCCUGAUAAGGUUCGGUCAGCACUUCAGAACACACUCAAGGAUUACAGCUGGAUUACCUUGAUCUCUACAUUCGAGCUUCGGGAGCAACUAGCAGCUGAAGCUACGGCUGUUGUACAAGGUGAAAUCGAUGAACUCAGGAAGAGAAGUGAAGAAGCUGAGGAAAAGCUGGCGAGGACACAAAAGGAGAUGGAAGAGUACAAGAAGCUGACAGAGAUAAGCAACAAGGCAAUGGAGGAGAACAAUGCGUUGCUCAAGCGUAUCUUGGCCAUCAACAAUGCUUCUUCGACAUGA